AGGGGUUCGAGAAGGUCCUCGGACCGGAAUAUCCCGAUACUUUGAAAGCAGUUGGAAACCUGGCUAUACUACUCCUGAGACAGGAAAAGUACGUCGAAUCGGAGACACUGGCUCGUCGUGUGCUAAGGAGCAUGGAGAGGGCCUUGGGCCCAACUCACCGCGGUGUACUGCCUGCUAUCAGUGACCUAGCCCUAGUACUUGAAGGCCAGGGAAAGUAUGCUGAGAGAGAAAAGCUGCUCCAACGUAAACUGGCAAUUCAUGAAGGCGGAUCCGCUAUUGAAAACGCGGAAGUCUGUGAAACCCUCGAGCGUCUGACCUUCUUUGAUGAAAAACAAGUGCGGUGUUCUCAAGCUGCAGAAGGCUCUGAGCGGGCCAACAACGGGUUCUCUGAAACACCUAGCGAACAGGAACUCACUACCUUAGAAUGCAUUAGGCGGUUGAAGUUAUUACGAGAACAACAGCUCCGGUCCGAGAGGACCAGCCAGGGUCAGGUGGACGUGGAGCAAGAUGCCAAUAUCGUUAAUCACCGGCGAUCACACGGCGUUCGCCCGUUUUCGUGGCUGAAUAGAGAGAGGUGGUUUCCCAGAAAUAGGAGAAACGGGAGGGUUCGUGAUAGGGAUUCAGCGGUAGGCGGUAGCGGCCGGACUCCCAUAGGAAUGGGAUGAAGUAAGACUUCCAGGAGACUCCGCGGCGGAUGGGAUUGUCUGGUUGUUCAAAAUGGUUGGGAAUGCUCGGUAAAAUCUGAGAAUGUUUGGGAAAUUUCAGUAAUUGUGGGAAUUUUAUCACUCGGUAAAGGUGAAUUUGUUUCUAUGGGCGUGUUGGUUUACUGGGCUUAUAGUUGCGCGAGUUUGCAGGGAAUUGGGGUGCGAUCGGGGGAAACA